CACAUUGAUGUCAAACUUAAAUUAAACUCUCUCAUGUUUAACACAUAAAAAUUCAUAUAUGUGUAAUAUAUAACAGGCAAAAUGACUUCUUUAUUAAACAGACUCUUAUUUGAAAUAAUAUGAAGAAAUUAUUAAGCCAAAAACCUUAUUUUCAUCGGAAAUGGCAAUGGUACCAAUAAUAAAGUGUACAUCGAAAGAACAACUGGCCGGCAUGAAACUAACGGAUGAGAAGAACGAUGAAAAGUCAGAAAAGAAAUUAACAGUACUCGAAUCACACGGUUAUACUCUCGGCAAGACUAUUGGUGCCGGAUCAUAUGCCAUCGUCAAAAUUGCAAAGUCCAAUCGAUACAAUUGUCAAGUGGCAGUGAAGAUAGUCUCGAAGUUCCAAGCGCCUGGAGAGUAUCUCACGAAAUUUCUACCUCGUGAGAUCGAGGUAGUUAAAGGAUUGAAACAUCCGAAUCUCAUUCACUUUUUACAAGCGAUAGAAACCACACAUCGGGUAUAUAUUAUUAUGGAAUACGCGCAGAAUGGUAGCUUACUCGAUGUUAUACGACGCGAUACUUACAUUGACGAGUUACGUAGUCGUAGGUGGUUUAGACAACUUCUAGAAGCCGUCGAUUAUUGCCACGGACACGGCAUAGUGCACAGAGAUGUAAAGUGCGAGAAUCUACUCAUGGAUUAUCGAUUCAAUAUUAAAUUGUCUGACUUCGGAUUUGCGCGUGGACAAAUGAAGUCAAAGAAAGGCGAGUGGCCUCUCAGUACCACCUACUGCGGCAGUUUUGCUUAUGCAUCACCCGAAAUUCUAUGUGGUGUCCCUUACCAGCCUCAACUCUCCGACAUAUGGUCCAUGGGCGUAGUGCUUUAUGCUAUGGUUUAUGGUCGGCUGCCGUUUGACGAUACAAAUUACGCGCAACUGCUAAAGCAAGUACAAAACAGAGUGGUGUUUCCAAAACGUCCUAAAGUAUCUCAGUCGUGUCGUUCUCUCAUUACCCGUAUAUUAGUACCACAAUUUGCACGAUUGCGUAUCAAUAGUAUAAAAAGUGACGCUUGGCUCGAGACAUCCGUUAUUGCUCAAACGUCAAUUAGUGACAGAUUUAAUGAUGAACUACCUACAAUAUCUGCAACUAAAGAAUCCAAAGUAUCUGAUAAAUGUAUAGUACCAACUGGACCUACAAUUUUUCAAGGAAAUGAAAAAUCGAAAGAUCUUAUCCAAGGAAACAAAAAGACUGAUUUAAAUGCGAAACCAUAA